AUGAAGACAAUGACGACAAUGUUCUUGUGUCUCAUCACGAUGCUCCUAAUAGCCUCUGCAUAUUCCAACUCGGUGCGUCUCCACAUGACGCACCGUGACACACUCUCGCCGCAGCAUACGCCUUACCAUCGCAUUGAAGACAUUAUGGGCAUGGACCUGAAGCGUCACAGCGCCAUUUCUCAGAAAAUAAAAACAUCUAAAAGUGGAGGUAGAAUGCCGUUGGGGUCAGGUUUCGACUGGAAUGCGGCGCAGUAUUUCUCGGAGAUUACGGUCGGAACGCCGGCGAAGAAGUUCAGGGUGGUGGUGGACACAGGGAGCGAGCUGACAUGGGUGAAUUGUAGGUUCCAAGGGAAAGGAAGGGAGUCGCGUGAGGCCUUUAGAGCAGAUGAAUCGUCGACUUUUAAAACAGUUGGAUGCAUGACAAAGACUUGUAAGUUUGAUUUGAGGAGACUCUUCUCCCUCGCCAUUUGCCCUACCCCUCAAAGUCCAUGCUCUUAUGAUUACAGAUACACAGAUGGGUCAAGAUCACAAGGUGUAUUCGGUAUGGAUACAUUCACAGUUGGCCUCACCAAUGGUAGUGUAACUACUAUCCCUGACACACUCAUUGGCUGCAGCAGCGACUCAAAAGGUGACAGCCUCAGUGUAUCCGACGGUAUUCUUGGCCUAGCCUAUAGCGAUAACUCCUUCACUACAAAAGCCACUAGCAUCUUCGGAAACAAAUUCUCAUACUGCCUCGUUGACCACACCGCCCACAAAAACAUCUCCAACUAUCUCGUCUUCGGUACUAACCCCGCGUCGGCCACCAAAUCUCCCGCAAAACGAACCACUCAGCUUGAUCUCAAUAUCCUUCCUCCCUUCUACACCGUCAACGUCGUCGGAAUCUCCAUCGGAGACACCAUGCUCAACAUCCCUCCCCAAGUGUGGGACGUGAGACAAAGAGGUGGGACCCUCUUGGACUCAGGAAGCAGCCUCACGUUCAUGGUUGAGCCAGCGUACAGGGCUGUUGUGACAGGGCUAGAGCGUCACCUUGUUGGUGUGAAAAGAGUCAAAGUAGAAGGUUUACCGAUGGAGUAUUGUUAUGAUACGAGCAAGUACGACGACAGGAAGCUGCCGCAGCUGGCGUUUCAUUUCAAGGGCGGUGCUCGUUUCGAGCCUUAUCGUAAAAGCUACCUAAUAUCUACUGCUGAUCCACGAAUCAGGUGUUUAGGAUUUGUGUCGACCGGAGCUAAGGGUCCUAAUGUCAUCGGAAAUAUAAUGCAGCAUGAAUUUUUGUGGGAGUUUGAUCUUGCGGCCUCGACCAUGACUUUUUCUCCUUCGACCUGCCGUUAG